UCUACACAACAGUACAGUGAUAAAAUAAAAACAACUAGUACUAAAAACCCCUACUUUUUUUUUUUUUAUUUAAAUUUUCUCUUCUCAGAUAUUAGGAUCCGAUCCAAUCCCCUUUUAACAUUCUGUUGCAACUGUCACCGUCCAAUACCUCUGAUCCUCGCAAUCUCCACCGUCCGUUCACUCUCCCUUCCACUAUGUCUUCCCCUCACCCUCUUUCUUUUUUCCGCUUCAAUUGGCCGGUUCGGCGGUUCGGUUCCGAUCCGAUUGGCUCGUCUUCAGUGUGAAAUUCCUCGCUCAUCGCGUUCCGAAUCUUCCUCUCUUGUUAUCCAGCAACCGGUUUGGCGGCGCGGCUUUUCACACGCGUCUCACAAUUCGUCCACGUUUUUGUUUUUUUUGUUUUUUGGAUAACGAGAAUUCUAGAUCUCUUGAACGCACCGUUUUUGGCGGUUAUAGAGGAUCGGGACGCGAGGCGGAUGACGGCGAGGAGGUUAUCGGAUGUGGUGCUGGACUGCGUGAUGCCAUACAUACACGACUCCAAGGACCGCGACGCCGUGUCGCAGGUGUGCAGGCGGUGGUACGAGCUCGACUCGCUCACUCGUAAACACGUCACUAUUGCGCUGUGUUACACCACCACGCCGGACCGGCUAAGGCGGCGGUUCCCGCACCUGGAGUCGCUGAAGCUGAAGGGAAAGCCGCGGGCGGCGAUGUUCAACCUGAUACCUGAGGAUUGGGGAGGUUUCGUCACGCCUUGGGUCAGAGUGAUCUCUCAAUACUUUGAUUGCUUGAAGUCGCUUCACUUUCGGCGCAUGAUUGUGAGGGAUUCGGAUCUUCAAGUUCUAGCUCGUUCGCGCGGUCACGUACUUCAAGCACUCAGGCUGGAAAAUUGCUCUGGAUUCUCCACUGAUGGCCUCUACUAUAUCGGUCGUUAUUGCAGGAAUUUAAGAGUCUUGUUUUUAGAGGAAAGCUCACUUGUUGAGAAGGAUGGUGACUGGCUCCAUGAGCUUGCUUUGAAUAAUACAGUUCUUGAGACACUGAAUUUUUACGUGACUGAUAUUGCCAACGUCAGAAUCCAGGACCUUGAACUUAUAGCCAGAAAUUGCCCGAACUUAAACUCUGUGAAAAUUACUGAUUGUGAAGUAUUAGAUCUGGUGAACUUCUUUCAAUAUGCAUCUGCUCUAGAAGAAUUUUCUGGAGGUUCCUACAACGAGGAAUCGGAGAAGUACUCUGCUAUGUCAUUGCCAGCAAAAUUAAGUCGUUUGGGUUUGACAUAUAUUACAAAGAAUGAAAUGCCCAUAGUGUUCCCUUAUGCGGCCUUACUGAAAAAAUUAGAUCUUCUUUAUGCAAUGCUGGAUACAGAGGACCAUUGUACGUUAAUCCAAAGGUGCCCCAACUUGGAAGUCCUUGAGUCAAGGAAUGUGAUUGGAGACAGAGGAUUAGAAGUGCUUGCUCGCUGUUGUAGGAGGCUUAAAAGGAUUAGGAUUGAACGAGGUGAUGAUGAUCAAGGAAUGGAGGAUGAAGAAGGUGUUGUUUCCCAGAGAGGACUAAUUGCUUUGUCACAUGGCUGUCCAGAACUCGAAUACUUGGCGGUAUACGUAUCCGACAUUACAAAUGCAUCUCUAGAACACAUUGGUACUCACUUGAAAAACCUUUGUGAUUUUCGCCUUGUCUUGCUAGACCGCGAAGAAAAGAUAACUGAUUUGCCACUUGACAACGGAGUGAGGGCUCUACUGAGGGGUUGUGACAAGCUUAGAAGAUUUGCUCUGUAUCUGAGACCUGGGGGAUUGACUGAUGUUGGGCUAGGUUACGUAGGGCAAUACAGCCCCAACGUGAGAUGGAUGCUUCUUGGUUAUGUGGGAGAGACUGAUGCAGGGCUUUUGGAAUUCUCUAAGGGCUGCCCCAGUCUUCAGAAACUUGAAAUGAGAGGAUGCUCCUUUUUCAGUGAGUAUGCACUAGCUAUUGCUGCAACUCAACUGAAUUCUCUCAGGUACCUAUGGGUGCAAGGGUAUAGUGCAUCUGCAUCUGGACGCGAUCUUCUGGCAAUGGCUCGCCCCUAUUGGAACAUUGAGCUGAUUCCUUCUAGAAGCGUGGUUGUUAGCAAUCAGCAAGAAGAGCCUGUAGUUGUCGAGCACCUGGCUCAUAUUCUUGCAUAUUACUCUCUUGCUGGCCCAAGAACAGAUUUUCCAGAUACCGUAAUACCUUUGGAUCCUGGAACAUAUGUUGACACCUAAACUUGUACAUACCAUUUUUCUUUUUCUUCCAAAUCUUGUUUGUUAGUGGUGGCAGUGUUUUAGUUUAGAGGGUUUCAAUUUUCUCUGCAAUUCCUAGACAAUAGUCUUGUAAUAAGCUCGUGUUCUUUGCUUCCGAUCAACUCUUGCAGCAGGUUGUUUUUUUCCCCUGAAGAUGCUCAAUUUUGUGAAUAUAAAGCAUGGAUUGUUUCUAUUUGUUA